GGUAGCUAUAUACUCCAUAUAUUUAACCAAAUACUCGAAACAUAAACAACAAUGUUUGUUAUCCGUCGUAGCGCAGCUCGUUUGUAUCCAAGUGGAUUGCAAUUAGCUAAGAUGAGCAGCAGCCAAGUCGGCGACUUGGGAAGUGGCGCCGGUAAGGGUGGUGGCGGCGGUGGCUCAAUUCGUGCGGCUGGUGGCGCUUUUGGUAAGCUGGAAGCCGCCCGCGAGGAGGAGUACUUCUACAACAAGCAACGCGAACAAUUGGAACGUUUGAAGAACGAUCAAAUCCAUCAGGCAGAAUUCCAUGCUCAGCAAAUCAAGGAGCACGAGGAGGCCAUACAACGUCACAAGAGCUUCCUUGAAAACCUGAACAAGUAGACGAUGGAAAAUAAAGCUUGCUACACAAACGAAACAGCUGAAUGUGAACUUAAAAACGAUGCAUUUCCGAUCUACUUGUAAAGUUCUCUCUAUAUACUAUAUAUUUUGUAUUGCCAGAUUAUAACACACGAAUUGCAAAAGCAGUGUA